GCAGACACGUUUUAAGAACGACUGGUGAAAGUAUUCAAGAUGGCAGCCUCCCUGCAGAGAAUCAGGCUCAGCUUUUCAGUUUUGAAAAAUUUACGUAUACAUUCAACGUCAAAUGGAACGAUACAUAGACGAUUGAAGAGCAGCAAAACUGAAGAACACGAACAACAAAGUUUUUUAGAGAGUACCAAACCGUCAGUGACUCUCAGCGCGGAUGAAUCCAUGGUAAUCUGUUUACACCCAGAAGCCAAAUUUCCCUAUGAGUGCACAAAGCCAAUGCCAAGAGACACUGCAGACAUGUCAAAAGGCGAUUCCCCGUUGAAGAUUCAAUAUCUACAAGACCACAAAUUAAGACACAGGCCGGAUGGUCCUACUGUGUCAGAGCUGGCCAACAUCUUCUACGACACCAAACAUCAGUUUAACCCCAAACAGAGACAGAGGAGAAGAAUGCGAAAUAUCCCCCCGCCGGAUCGCGAAAGCAUAUGAGACUGUGUAUUUUAAAAUUGAAGAUUAAAACGCUACAAAACAAGAA